CAUGGUCCUGUUUAGACAGGAUUACAUUCCAGUUGAUAAAACUGCAGUUGACUUUGUGGAACAAAAUGCAGACACAAAGCAAUUGAUCAAGAUAUGCGGAGGGCGGUAUAAAAUCUUUGAUGCUUUGAAGAUUGAGAACGCCAAGCAGACGACAGAGCUUGUAGCAGAAAUAGUCAAAAUGAUGGAUCAAAACAAGACAUGCUACACUCUAUACAUGUAUAUGGAGGCACAGGACUUGAGGCUGGAGGCUAAGUAUCAAUCAGAACUGGACGAAAAGAACAGAACAAUCAAGGAUUUAGAGCAGAAAAUCAGCAACAUGUCAAAAGGUGCUGAAAUGGAGUGCUCCAGCACAGAGUGCGUGAGGGUGGUGCUGAUUGGGAAAACUGGGAAUGGGAAGAGCGCCUCCGCAAACACUAUCCUGGGCAGAAAGGAAUUUGAGUCGAAAUCCAGCCCUGAUUCUGUGACAACAGUUUGCAAGAAGGCAGUCGGAAAAGUUGAUGGAAGAACAGUUGCUGUGGUGGACACCCCUGGCCUUUUUGACACAAAAUUGUCUAAUAAAGAUGUUCAGCAAGAGAUAGUGAAAUGUGUUUCCCUGUCAGCUCCUGGACCCCAUGUGUUUAUCAUAGUGUUGAGUAUCGGGAGAAUCACGCAAGAGGAGCUGGACACUUUGGACCUCAUAGAGAAAACAUUUGGUCCACGGGCAGGAAUGUUCUGCUUAGUUCUGUUUACUAGAGGAUAUGACUUGGAAAAUGAAUCAAUUCAAGAUUACAUUGGGAAAAGCACGAAUGCCAAACUGAAAAAACUGAUCAGAGAUUGUGGAGACAGACUCCAUGUCUUCAACAACAGAGUUGAAGAUGACCGCACACAGGUCACUGAGCUUCUUAAGAAGAUUAAUGAAAUGGUGUCCACGAACAAGGGCAGUUUCUACACCAAUGAGAUGUUCCAGGAGGCAGAGGCAGCCAUUAAACAGAAACAGGAAGCAAUACUGAAGGAGAGAGAGAUGGAGAUUAAGGCUGACAUGGAGAAACUGAAGGUCAGCCAUGAAACAGCCAUGGAAAAGAUGAAGUCAAAGUUGGAAGAAGAGAGAUUGAAAGUUCAGGAGGAAAGACAGCGGAGAGAAAACAUGUUGAGAGAGCGAGAGGAAGCUAUUAGAAAAGAGCAUGAAGAAAAGGAGAAAGAAGAGAAGGAAGAAAGAGAGUUGAAGGACAAGAAAAAGAAAGAAGAUGAAAAGUUGAAAAAAGAAAUCUGGGACACAGAAAAAGAGAAGAUGGAAAAAGAGAUAAAAAUUCAGAAAAAAGAGUUGGAAAAACAACAAAGAGAAAAGGAGAGAGAAUAUAAAAUGAGAAUGGAACAACAGAGAAAAGAAGAGAAAGACAGAGAAGAAUUGCGAUAUGAGCAGCAGUUUGAACCAAAGAUAUUGCGGAGUAAGCGUGAUGCAAGAGCCAUUGAAGGGUCCCGUUUAAUGCCAUCUCGGACCCUACCGGGUCCCAACACCGCCUCUACUGGAACCAGCAGCACUGUGCCAUCCAUCAGCACCUCCUCCCCAGCUGUCAAGGGCUGA